CAAAAACAAUUCGAAAUGCCGGAUGCUGUGGACGAACUGUUGGCGGGACUGGUGAGCAAUCGCCAGACUAUGCAACGACAGGCGGCCACCAUUGACGAAAUCAUGGAGAAGUCGAACAACACCCUGAUCCACAUCGAGUCGCAAAAAAAAGCCCUGGCACCGACCGCAGCUGCGCCGGGGGCUCAAAAGCUGGUCAACGUGAAGCCAGUCUGCAAGCAGGCCCUCGUCAAGAUAUUGGAGAAUUUCAAGCAGCUCGUGCAGCAAAACAGCGAAAAGCGGGACGACAAGCACAGCGUAUUGGAUGGGGUCUUGGCGUGCCGACAACGCGUCGAGCACCUGGCCAGUACUGUGCGCAAGCUGGUGGCCCUGUGCGACACUGUCCACCAGCUGAAGACCCACCAAGAGGAUCUCGAUGCAGAGGACGACGACUUGCCGUAGAAUUUAUUGUUAAAUAGCUGAAUAAUAAUAAAUCUAUAAUAUGUAUCAA